GUAGAAGAAACCGAGAACCUUUCCACCGGCGUUCUUUCUCCUGGCUUCUUCGUGGUCCAUAAUUCCGGCAGAAGUAGUCAGCACAAUGUAUCCAAACUGUCUUGAUGGAAGCAACCUUGCAGUCCAACUUUCAAUGUCUUUCACGCCAACAUCAAAACGGGGACUGAUUACUCCACACUUGUUCAACCUCCCAUUCAGCUCAACUACAAUCUUUCCAGAUCUGUGAUCAUCGAAUACUCAAACUCCCCAAUGUAUCCAUGCUUCUGCAUCACCAUAAGAAACUUGAUAAUCACUUUUGAUGAAGGCCUGAUCAUGACCUGUCUCUUCCCCCUCUUCUCGGCAUUGUACAUGCUCUUGAGGGCAUCAUUCAACACGCUAAUCCUCACCAUCUCUUAGCAAGGAUGACGACGACUCCCGAGUCCUAAUGAGAGGAAGAAUUGGCGGCACACCCCUACUUCUAGUUUGGGGAUUACACUAGUUUAUAACGAGUAUUCAUGGUGACCUUUAACAAUGUCGUAUUAUUCAUUUUUUUUGACCGGCAAGACGACUUUGCCUCCGCCGCGGCCAAACCCUCCUCGACUCCCAGCAGGAAAAGCUUCGUCGCCGCUGCCCUCCGCGCCCCGUCCUUCAAGGUGGACACCUACUUCGCCUCCGAGCUCAAACACUCCGAGAAGAAGGCCCUCUCGGACCUCAAGAUCGGCCUCGCCUCCCUCGCCCCUGCCGCCUCCAUGUGGGGCAUCCCCCUCCUCUCAGGCGACGACCGCGCCGACGUCAUCCUCCUCAAGUUCCUCCGCGCCCGGGACUUCAACGUCCCUCACGCCCUCCACAUGCUGGCGAAAUGCCUGGCGUGGAGGAAGGAGUUCGGCGCUGACGAGGUGGCAGAGGAAGAGCUGGCCGGGUUCGAGGAACUCCAAGGGGUUGUGGCCUACAUGAACGGCUUCGACCGAUUCUUUGGAGGAGACGGGGAAGAAGACGGCGAGGAGAAGCUCAAGAGAUUCCUGAGAUGGAGGGUUCAAGUUCUUGAGAGAGGGAUAAAGCUUCUCCAUUUCAAACCGGGUGGGGUCAAUUCUCUGGUCCAAGUCACCGAUCUUAAGGACAUGCCCAAGAGAGAGCUUAGGGUCGCCUCUAAUCACAUCCUCUCCCUUUUCCAGGACAACUACCCUGAACUGGUCGCCCGCAAGUAUGGUGUACUCAAUGUUCAGUCCAUUCAUGAAGCAGAGGAUGAAGAGCAAGUUCCAAUAUGGGUUCAUAAUGGCUAUCAGUUUUGUGUGUCAAGAAUUGAGAAUGGAGGUGGAGCAGGAAAUCAUCAAACUUUGGGAAUGAAACGGCGUGUUCUAUUCGCCUACAUGUCUUUAUUUGCUGGAUCUGUUGUAGCUCUUGGAGUGAUAGUGUCCGCAAAACCAUUAGAUGAUUUAGGGUACAAGGGGUUGACUGUUGAUCAGAAUGUUGUUACCUCUCCUUAUGCAUCAUCUGUUUACCUUGGUUGGGCAGUGGCAUCUGCAAUUGCUUUAUUAGCUAGUGGCUUGUUGCCCAUCAUAUCAUGGUUUGUAACAUAUCGGUUUCCCCUCUCAUCUGGUAUUUCUGUUGGUAUAUUUGCAGCUGUUCUUGUGGCAUUUUGUAGUGUCUCGUAUUUGAAAGUUGUGAGUUUGAGGGUUGAUCAAGUCCCGAUGAAGGAAGACUUCUUGGCUGCAUUGCUUCCACUGUUAUGCAUUUUUGCAGUCCUUUCACUUUCUUCUGGUUUAUUUAAAUGGAAAGAUGAUAACUGAUAACUGGAAGCUUUAUCGAGGUGCCUAUAUAUUCAUUAUUAUUGGUCUUCUUCUUCAGCUUGGUGCCAUUUCGGCCAUCAUAGUUACAGUGCAUCCUUGGAGGGUUAGUCAAUACUAUUGGUUAAUUUAUCUCUUAUUAUUGUUUUUCUACUUUCAGAUGUUGAAUUUUCCAUUUGCUGGGCAAUGCUACGCUCUUAUAGCAACUAUGAAUCCAUUAAGGGGCUUAUGUGAUGGUACUAGACUUCUCUAUGCAAGACCGUAGAUUGUGGCUAGAUGUGAUUACUGUAUGUGGUGAAUGAAACUAAUUCAAUGUU